GAAAUUGACAACACCAGAAAUGCCAUUGAUCGAUCCCAUCACCAUGUCCGGAAUCAGCCCAGUAUCUGGAGAUACCUCCAAGUCCAAAUCAUUCCCCACGGAAUUCCUUUCUUCAGACAUGGCUCGUAUCAUCACUCACAUCCAGCCAGCUAUCCUUUUAUCUGCAUAUUAUUUCAGAUUCAAUGCUUUGGUCGCAGACCCGGUACACACCCUAUUACAUUCGUUGCUGCCUGUCGCGUUAUUGCAGGUUGUCUACGCUGUUGUAUGUCUACCAGCUGCUGGAUCAAAUAUGGCGAAGAAAUUGAAGCCGGGAGAGAAGCGGAAAGGAUUGGAGGGCGGAGAGUAUAAUCACAAAAUAUUUACAACCAUAUUCGCCCUUAUUCUAACAGCCACCACUGUCCCCGCCGUCACGGCCCUACAAAUCCUCUUUGGCGCUCCCUUCACCACCCACAUCGAACAUACACUUCUUUCCUCGGCCCACAUCUCGCUUCUAGCACUCUUCCCCCUCUUCUAUAUCCAUGGUGUAGAUUCAGUCAGAUGGCUCGAAGUAGCGUCGUUGUAUGCGCCAAUUGAUGAAGUUUUCGGUGCAGCAUUCGGAUGUGCGCUUGGUGCUUGGUUGGGCGCAGUACCUAUUCCUUUGGAUUGGGAUAGGGAAUGGCAGAAAUGGCCUGUUACUGUUGUUACGGGUGCAUUCGGGGGGUAUGUUGUGGGGAAGUUUAUUGGAGGGUUUGCGGGGUUGAGAGGGAAGAGAAUUGAGUUGGAGUAGAGGGUGAGGGGAUGGGGAUGGGGUAGGGGUAAUAGGAAGCUGUAUUGUAUGAUACAAGGCGCGGCGCUUGGAUAUGAUGAUGAUGAUGAUGAUGGGUAGAGAGGCUUCGGAUAUUAUCGCAUUUGCAUGGGCGUAUGGAAAAGAAAUGGAAGAAAGUACAAGUCAGAUGCUUUUAAUUGGAGAUCUGGCUUAAUCUAGCAUGAGAAUAUGAUUUGGGUAUUUGGUUGCUAGACACGGUUUGAGACGUCCAUAUCUACUAUCAACGCUGAGUGGACCGUUUCACAUUACCAUGGUUAGUAAAUUACUCAGAACUUAAGCAUUUUUGCCCUUUGCACCGGUCUAGUUCACACACUAUUCAUUACCAUCUCAAAAUACUCACGUCUAUCUGAAUGUUGCUUCUGUA